AUGACAUCACUUCCAGGUGACGUCAUUGUUCCACGACACAACGCCAGAGGCACAAAGAACAGGAAACAUUACAGCGUUACAUUUGACUUCCAUGAGUUCAGCGUUUCAAAGGAUCAUUUCCCUUUCAAAGCAAUCCAGAUAACCAAGAAACUCCCUGAAUGGAGGACUGAGACAGAAAUAAGAUAUAUAAGAAACCGCUUGCUGGCCUUGAAAAGCUUCUUUGCAUACAGCCCAACUCUUCAGUAUCUUCUGGCUAAAGUGAUUCGCUUUGAAAGAUUUGGACGCAGGAGAGUGAUUAUCAAAAAAGGACACCAUGGGAGCAGUUUUUACUUCAUCUUUGCUGGGGCCGUCGCUGUCACUGACGACGAGGAUGGGAGCAGCGCGUUUGUAGACUCGUGUCCGACCGUGCUUCGGAGAGGGGCUUCUUUUGGCGAAGUGGCUCUUAUCAAAGAUGCAAAGAGAAUAGCCACUGUGGUCUGCAUGGAAGAGACAGAACUGCUGGUUGUGGAUAAAAAAGACUUUCUGGGCUAUCAUUUAGAUGAGGAACUUCACCGAGAAUUCCUGACUCGGUACAACUACUUGAGAAAGGUCGAGAUCUUCGAAACUUUGUCAAACGAUUCAUUAGAGAAAAUAGCCCAUCACUGCAGAAUUGAGAGGUUCCACUUUGGGCAGGUGAUUACCAGCGAUAUCGGCGAGUCCUCCAGCAUCACUUUUGUUAUAAAGGGGGCCUGUGAUGUUUUACGACAGAUCGAUCUCAGCAGCUGCCCAUCCUAUCACAAGUGGCUCACAAAACAUCUGAUGUUUCCUAAGGGCAAGCAACAAGUUAAGGAGAAAAAACGUCAGAAUUAUGUUUCAGAUAUUGUCCAUGUGGACAGAUUCAAAAGUGCCAAAUGGAACUCCUUCUCUGGACAAGAACUGAGCCAACUGAAAGCCCGCUAUGUCAGCCAGAUGUUCCCAAACCAAGACUCUGGGAAACAGAGUUCUGCGUUAAGCCGGCCUCGUAAAAGUGUUGUGAUGAAAGUGGAUAACGCUGACGAGAGCAGUUCGUUCCUUCGUCUGCCAGACGAUGACAGAGAAGUUGUACAAAAUGUUAUAUCCGGAGUUGUGGGAAAGCAAUCAGUACACUGUUCACCCUAUGGAGAGAUACCAGCUUCUGCCGCUGCAGCUGUGUAUAUCAGAGUGGAUGAACUGUAUAAAGGGGAUUAUUUAGUCAAUCUGGAAGAUAACCGUCCCAUGAUCUUGGUCAGCAAAGGGGCGGACCUCAUCCGCUUGAAAAAAGACAAGCUUGAGGAAUGUGCUGACGAUGCCACCAUCAUGAAAUUUGGCAAAAUCAAGGUCAAGUAUCCCAGUGAUGACGAGCUGUGUCAGGUCUUCCUCCGACAGAACUCCUGGGAAUUCUUUAAGAAAGACCUGCUGCAGUUUGUGAUGAAGCCCAAGCUCACGAGUAUGGUCACGCCUCCGGAUUUAUGCCCUGCAAAAGAAAUCGCAGGAUCUUGGUACAUGAACGAAAAAGGUAUCUUGGACCUGACUCCCUUGCAGUGCAAUCAAAAACUCCCACCGGAAACAUGCAAAUAUGUACCUUGUCACCCAACGUUCGAAAAAGAAGUUGUGUUCUUACCAGAGAUCCAGCCACGACUGAUUCAUGGCAUCAAUGUAAUACGUCCCUCUCUGGAUGGAGUGUUCUAGUGAGCGCCAAGAGUUUAGAUUUGCAAAUCUGUAACAUGGAGAAAGUUAGGGUGUUGUACUGGCAAUUUUUGU